CGAGGGGCGGUGCCCGGGCCAGGGGGCGGAGGCAGGCAGCUCUGGUUCCUUCCCGGGACGCUCUUUCCUUUUUCCUCUUGUUCCUCCUCGUGCCUCUCUUCGCUCCGCCUGCAAACGCGGUGGGGGCUGCUCGGCCGUCAGGAGCAGCAAGAGACAGGGCGAUAUGAGAGAUUGGAAUGCGGGCUGCACUGGAGAAUUUACUGGUAGGAUAAUUCAUCCCCAAAGAGAUUGAAGUGAGCUUCAGAAUGGCAAAAGAGGAGCCCCAGAGUAUCUCAAGGGACUUGCAGGAACUGCAGAAGAAGCUGUCUCUGCUGAUAGACUCCUUCCAGAAUAACUCAAAGGUGGUGGCCUUUAUGAAGUCUCCAGUGGGUCAGUACUUGGACAGCCAUCCAUUUCUGGCCUUCACCUUGCUGGUGUUCAUUGUCAUGUCGGCCGUUCCUGUUGGAUUCUUCCUGCUCAUUGUGGUACUUACCACCCUGGCUGCUCUGCUGGGGGUCAUAAUACUGGAAGGAUUGGUCAUCUCUGUGGGUGGCCUCUCACUGCUCUGCAUCCUCUGUGGUUUGGGCUUCAUAUCACUUGCCAUGUCAGGGAUGAUGAUAGCAUCCUAUGUAGUGGUCUCCAGCCUCAUCAGCUGCUGGUUUUCUCCCAGGCCACUGACACAGCAAAACACCAAUUGCGACUUUCUGCCAGCCAUGAAGUCUGCAGACUUCGAGGGGCUUUACCAGGAAUGAGUGGCUGCUCAGAGGCCGGGCUUCUUUUCAAGUACUGCUGGAUCAUACUCACCCCUUGGGAUUAUGGCUUAGAAGAAGGGGGCUGGGUAGGCAAGCGCUCCUUGGCUGUGUCCUCUCGCUUUUUCACUUAUUUGUAGGCUCCUGCAGCAGCCAGUUUAGGGAUUGUGUUGUUCUUGUGUUGGUUCCCAUGUAAAGAAGCAGCAGAGAAAUGCAAUGGUUCAACAGCUCGCCCUGCCCCAAGUAUGCAGACUUGACCUUGGCGGGGUCCUGGGCUUCUGGAGUCUAGCCCGUUGACCCCAAAGCCUCAGGGCUCAUGUCCAACAGUCUCAUUGGGAGCAACAGUGAUUGUUUAUAGUUUUUUGUUUUCAGAAAUGAGGGCAGCUGUUAAUUUUUUCACUCAUGUGAAACAAGAUGAAAAAAAACCAAAAAUCCAAAACAGGACAAGCUUUUCUGUUUUUGCUUUUUAUCAGAAAGAACAGCAACAUUUGGCCUCUCCAAGUUGGAAAAUAGAGUCCAAAUGUAACUUUGUGGCCAAGAGUAUUUUCAAAAAAGUCUAAAGGUGUAGUUUCCACUGUUACUGUUGAGUACUGUUAAGUGCUGUUAAUCUUUUACAUAUUUGCACUUGGUACUUUUGUAUUGUUUUAAAGAGCUUGUCCUGUUAAGUAAUUUCUUCUUUUCUUUUUUUUUUUUUUUUUUUUUUGCUACAGAGUUUCCCUCUUGUUGCCCAGGCUGGAGUGCAAUGGUGCAAUCUUGGCUCACUGCAACCUCCAACUCCCAGGUUUGAGUGAGUCUCGUCCUCAGCCUCCCAAGUAGCUGGGAUUACAGGCACCCGCCACCAUGCCCGGCUAGUUUUUUUUGUGUGUGUGUUUUUUUUUUGUAUUUUUUUUUAGUACAGAUGGGGUUUCACCAUGUUGGUCAGGCUGGUCUCAAACUCCUUACAUCAGGUGAUCCACCUGCCUCGGCCUCCCAAAGUACUGGGAUUACAGGCGUGAGCCACUGUGCCCAGCCUAAGCCAUUUCUUAAAAUAAAAAUGCUAAAGGACUAGUAAGUAAAAAUAAAACUUCCAAUGGGAUUUCCCAGUGGAA